AUGGCUUGGGAAAAUCAACCUCAGAAUUGGUCACUAAAUGCUGUAUAUGAAACCACAAGGAUUUUAUCGUUCACUGCAAAAGCACAAAGCUUCUACAAGCUUGUGUUGCUUCCAAGAGUGAGAGAUUAUAUCAGCAAAAAUCAAGAGUUGCAUUAUCUUUUAUUUCAAUCACUUGGAAGGGCAUCACUUGUACCUCAAGCAUUCUUCGAUGGAAUUGUGUUUCCACUUUGUGAGUCAGGAACUUGCACCGUCAUAGAAGCGGUAUAUGUUGGGUCUAUUUUAGAGGGAAUUUUUAUUCCUCCACUUGUUUACAGUUUUGCGUUAUCGAAGCUGGCAAGCAUGGAACAUUCUGGUACUAUAAGCUAUUUCAUGAAGAUUUUGUUAGAGAAAGAACCUGAUCUGCCUGAUCCUAAUCCUGAUCCUGCUGUUAAUGCAUUAAUAGAUCACUUUAUGAGAUUUCUCACUGAAACUAAACAACUUCCUCUGUUAUGGCACCAAUCACUUCUUGCAUUUGUGCACAGAUACAAAAAUCAGCUACAGGACCAAGAUAAAGAUCGUUUAAUAGUUUUAUUGCAAAAGCAUGAACCAUUUACGUAUGAGAUCAUUAGAGAGCUAAACGAUAACUAG